UGAAGUUGUGGACACCCCGCACAUCCAGUGCACGCGCUCCAAUCUUGCGGCUGAGCGAGACAAAUCUGAGUUUGUGUCCAGCUGCGGGACCGAGGACACCCAACAGCAUGCGGCGCAAUUAUGGCAGGCAAGGAUAAGACCGUGGUGAGGACGCUGGAGGAUUUAACGCUCGACUCUGGUUAUGGUGGCGCCGCGGACUCCGUCAGGUCGUCCAGCGUGUCGCUCUGCUGCUCCGACACGCACCAGUCCAUCCCGCAUGGAGGCAACUACUGGCAUCUGACGGAAUCCAUGCACAGCAGACACAACAGUUUGGACACGGUCAACACCGUCCUGGCGGAGGACACGGAGAUCCUGGAGGGCUCGGGACACAGCGCCAAGCUGCCCGAGCUGGAGGAGGUGCCGUGGAGCCUGGGAGAGGUGGAGGGCGCGCUGAGGAAAGACCAGGAGCUGAUGGUGGGGGAGCCUCCGCCGGAGGUGCUGGCGCGGCUGUCUGCGCUCGUGAGCCGCGCGCUGGUGAGGGUGGCGCGGGAGGCGCAGCGCCUCAGCCUGCGCUACGCCAAGUGCACCAAGCACGAGAUCCAAAGCGCCAUGAAGGUGGUGUUCUCGUGGACCAUCUCCGUGAACUGCAUCACGGCGGCGCUCAGCGCGCUCUCCCUCUACAACAUGAGCACGGGCGACAAGUUCAGCCGGGGCAAGUCCGCGCGCUGCGGCUUGGUCUUCUCCGUGGGUCGCUUCUUCAGGUGGAUGGUGGACAGCCGCGUGGCUCUGAGGAUCCACGAGCACGCGGCCAUCUACCUGACCGCGUGCGCGGAGAGCCUGUUCAGGGAGGUGUUCGGACGCGUGGUGCGCAGCGCGCUGGUGGAGAGGGACAACGGGAUCCCCAAGAUCAGCGUGGAGUCCAUGGAGCAGGCCAUCAGCGGGGACUCGGAGAUGUGGGGUCUGCUGCAGCCCUACCAGCACCUCAUCUGUGGCAAGAACUCGAGUGUCGCCACUUGGACGAGUCAACGGCACCAUCAGAAACUUAAAGGUGCAGCGUGCCGGACGCACCUGUCCUUGUCCUCUCCAGGUGUGCUGAGCCUGCCAGACAGUUUGAACCUGCACCGGGACCAGCAGCGGUCAGGAAGGGGCGGUGAGGGUCAUGGCUACACCCAGGCUGAGCUACGCACGCUGGAACAGUCGCUGCUCGCAACCCGUGUGGGCAGCAUCGCCGAGCUGAGUGAUUUAGUGUCCCGCGCCAUGCACCACCUCCAGCCGCUUCACAUCAAGAACCCGAGCAACGGCACGCCGGUCCAUCAGAAGACCAGCACCACGGUUCACUGGGAGCCUGAAGCCCUCUACACCCUGUGUUACUUCAUGCACUGCCCGCAGAUGGAAUGGGAGAACCCCAACGUGGAACCAUCUAAAGUCACCCUACAAACUGAGAGGCCGUUCCUGGUGCUGCCUCCAUUGAUGGAGUGGAUCCGGGUGGCGGUUGCCCACACUGAACACCGGCGAAGUUUCUCUGUGGACAGCGACGACGUGAGGCAGGCCGCCAGGCUGCUGCUCCCCGGGGUGGACUGUGAACCACGGCAGAUAAAAGCGGAGGAUUGUUUCUGCGCCACCAGGAAGCUGGACGCAGCCUCCACGGAGGCCAAGUUCCUGCAGGAUCUGGGCUUCAGGAUGCUCAACUGCGGGCGGACGGACCUGGUCAAGCAGGCCGUCAACCUGCUGGGGCCUGAUGGCAUCAACAGCAUGAGCGAACAGGGAAUGACCCCCCUCAUGUACGCCUGCGUCCGUGGCGACGAAGCUAUGGUCCAGAUGCUCCUGGACGCCGGCGCCGACAUCAACAGCGAGGUGCCAAGCACAGUAAACAAGCACCCCUCAGUUUAUCCUGAAACGCGCCAGGCGACGCCACUCACGUUCGCCGUGUUGCACGGACACGUCCCUAUCGUGCAGUUGUUGCUGGAUAAUAGAGCCAAUGUGGAGGGCGCCCUGCAGGAUGGGGCGGAGAACUACACGGAGACGCCGCUUCAGCUCGCUGCUGCCGCAGGUAACUUUGAGCUGGUGAGCUUGCUUUUGGAAAGAGGAGCCGACCCCAUGAUCGGGACGAUGUGCCGAAAUGGCAUUUCCUCUGCCCCGCUGGGAGACAUGAACUCGUUCAGCCUGGCAGCAUCGCACGGACACAGGAAUGUCUUUCGGAAGCUUCUGUCCCACUCGGAGAAGGACAAGGGGGACGUGUUGUCCCUGGAGGAGAUGUUGGCCGAGGGUUCAGAGCCCGGGGAGAAGAGACCGGCUCCUCAGGCCAACUGUGGCGGGACGCUGCGAACAGGAAAGGCCAGACUGAGGGCCCUGAGAGAGGCCAUGUACCAUAGCGCAGAGCAUGGCCAUGUGGACAUCACCAUUGACAUCCGCAGCUUAGGUGUUCCCUGGACGCUGCACACCUGGCUCGAGUCCCUGCGCACCUGCUUCCUCCAGAAUCGCCGGCCGCUGAUCCAGGGUCUGCUCAAAGACUUCAGCUGCAUCCAGGAGGAGGAGUACACGGAGGAGCUGAUCACGCACGGCCUGCCGCUCAUGUUCCAGAUCCUCCGCUCCAGCAAGAACGAGGUGAUCAGCCAGCAGCUGUCAGUCAUUUUCACACAGUGCUACGGGCCUUUCCCAAUCCCAAAGCUGACAGAAAUCAAGAAGAAACAGACCUCACGCUUGGACCCCCACUUCCUGAACAACAAAGAGAUGUCUGAUGUCACCUUCCUGGUGGAGGGAAAACCCUUUUAUGCACAUAAAGUUUUGCUGUUUACAGCUUCAACCAGGUUCAAGUCUCUGCUCCAAAACAGGCCAGCAGCAGAAAACACCUGCAUCGAGAUCAGCCAUGUCAAGUAUAAUAUUUUUCAUCUGGUCAUGCAGUAUUUGUACUGUGGCGGCACCGAGUCCCUGCACAUACGCAACACCGAGGUGAUGGAGCUCCUGUCUGCAGCCAAGUUCUUCCAACUAGAGGCCCUUCAGAGACACUGUGAGAUCAUCUGCACCAAGAACAUCACCACCGACACCUGCGUGGACCUUUACAAACACGCCAAGUUCCUUGGUGCCUCGGAGCUCACGGCUUUUAUCGAGGGCUACUUCCUGAAGAACAUGGUGCUGCUCGUCGAACUGGACGGCUUCAAGCAGCUUCUGUACGAACCUCCCCCCGCCGAGAGCCCCGCCUCCAGUCCCGGCAUCUGCUCCGACAUCCUCCAAGAGCUGGAGAAGACGCUGGCCACCCGCAUCCACUCCAUCCACCUCUCCGCCUCCAAGGGCUCCGUGGUGUGACACCGUCCCCGCCCCACCUCCCCACCCGGAGCCCUCGGGUCCAGC